GAUUUAUAGAAGGUACCCCUCCACCGGUGCCAUAAAUUAUCUCAUGAACUUGCUGACCGGCAGGAGAGAGCGGAGCGAUUAGGAGUUCUCAACUGGCCCGCGACCAAGGCAGUUGGAGAUUUUUUAAUCGCUCCGAGAGUCGCUCGAAUCCGUACUAUACUAAAAGACUAUACUAAUAAAAGACUAUAUUAAUAAACGAUUGGAGGAUUUAAAAAACCAACCUCAAGCGCGGGCCAAGUCAAUAUUUACAACAUUAAAAAAUCUCCAAAUCACUAAAAACUAAUUAAGCUUCAAAUUAAGUUGUGGAAGCAAAGUGAAGUGAAAUUAAGUGAACAUUUACUAAGACGUUAAGCUUUUCGGUAAAAGCCUUUCUUAAGACGUUAUGUUUUUUCGUAAAAGCCAGCAUUAAACGGCAAACAGUUGUGAUUAAAGUGGGGACCGCUAAAAGUGGCUUAGCUAAACGAAAACUCCAGUAACGCGAACACACAAGGACGCCGCAUCCCGCAUGCGGAGUGAUAGAGGUGAACGCUCGGCGUGAGCGUCGGCUGAUCGAAAAGGCGAGAGGACGGAGAACGGCGAUGGCGGACGACGCAUCGGGCACCACGACGCUAAGCGUCAAGAUAAGUGGUGUGCAGUGAAAUCAAUUGAAGCCGUACUAAGACAUUAAGCUUUUCGAAAAAAGCCGUUAUGUUUUCAUUAAAAGCGCACCUUGUGUUAACUUGCAAAAUUAACUAGCGGCAAACCAAGCAGCGAUCGGGUUAGCACAGCAAAAGGACGCGGAAGCUCGCACAGAGAGUGAUAAGAGGUGCACGCUCGACGAGAGCGUCGCUGCAGUGCAAAGCGAAGCCGAGAGAGAAUCGCGAUGGCGGACUACGCAUCGGUGACGGCUGUAAGGUUUAGGGUCUUCUCCGCAAUGGCUUUGUGAUCGUACGUGGCCUUGACAAAGCGCAGCACAUGUCGCGUUGCGCAAUAAUCGAGCGGAUGGCGAAGCAAGACUCUGAGACCCAACGUACAGAGGCAGCAACCGCUGCACCGAUGGCAACUCUGGCCAACUAGGCGUUGAGAUGCUGCGUGCAGAAAGCAGCAACCGCUGCAUCAACGGCGACCGUGGCCAACUAGCUCCUGGUACGCUGUGUGAUUACGGAGGCAGCAACCGCUGCACCGAUGGCAACCCUGGCCAACUAGGCGUUGAGAUGCUGCGUGCAGAAAGCAGCAACCGCUGCAUCAACGGCGACCGUGGCCAACUAGCUCCUGGUACGCUGUGUGAUGAUGGAGGCAGCAACCGCUGCACCGAUGGCAACCCCGGCCAACUAGGCGUUGAGAUGCUGCGUGCAGAAAGCAGCAACCGCUGCAACAACGGCGACCGUGGCCAACUAGGUCCUGGUGCGCUGUGUGAUGAUGGAGGCAGCAACCGCUGCACCGAUGGCAACCCUGGCCAACUAGGCGUUGAGAUGCUGCGUGCAGAAAGCAGCAACCGCUGCAACAACGGCGACCGUGGCCAACUAGGUCCUGGUGCGCUGUGUGAUGAUGGAGGCAGCAACCGCUGCACCGAUGGCAACCCUGGCCAACUAGGCUUUGAGAUGCUGCGUGCAGAAAGCAGCAACCGCUGCAACAACGGCGACCGUGGCCAACUAGGUCCUGGUGCGCUGUGUGAUGAUGGAGGCAGCAACCGCUGCACCGAUGGCAACCCUGGCCAACUAGGCUCUGAGAUGCUGCGUGCAGAAAGCAGCAACCGCUGCAACAACGGCGACCGUGGCCAACUAGGUCCUGGUGCGCUGUGUGAUGAUGGAGGCAGCAACCGCUGCACCGAUGGCAACCCUGGCCAACUAGGCGUUGAGAUGCUGCGUGCAGAAAGCAGCAACCGCUGCAACAACGGCGACCGUGGCCAACUAGGUCCUGGUGCGCUGUGUGAUGAUGGAGGCAGCAACCGCUGCACCGAUGGCAACCCUGGCCAACUAGGCGUUGAGAUGCUGCGUGCAGAAAGCAGCAACCGCUGCAACAACGGCGACCGUGGCCAACUAGGUCCUGGUGCGCUGUGUGAUGAUGGAGGCAGCAACCGCUGCACCGAUGGCAACCCUGGCCAACUAGGCUCUGAGAUGCUGCGUGCAGAAAGCAGCAACCGCUGCAACAACGGCGACCGUGGCCAACUAGGUCCUGGUACGCUGUGUGAUGAUGGAGGCAGCAACCGCUGCAUCGAUGACAACCCUGGCCAAUUAGGCGUAGGAAUGCUAGGUGAAGAAGACAGAGCAAUUACUAUGGCACCGGGAAGAAGUACGGGGGGGAAUGUGGGAUUUAUAGAAGGUACCCCUCCACCGGUGCCAUAAAUUAUCUCAUGAACUUGCUGACCGGCAGGAGAGAGCGGAGCGAUUAGGAGUUCUCAACUGGCCCGCGACCAAGGCAGUUGGAGAUUUUUUAAUCGCUCCGAGAGUCGCUCGAAUCCGUACUAUACUAAAAGACUAUACUAAUAAAAGACUAUAUUAAUAAACGAUUGGAGGAUUUAAAAAACCAACCUCAAGCGCGGGCCAAGUCAAUAUU